AUGAUGCACUUUGGACACGCAAAUGCUCUUAGGCAGGCAAAGGCAUUUGGAGACAAGUUAAUUGUCGGUAUCCAUUCAGAUGUGGACAUUGAGCUGAAUAAAGGCCCAACCGUAAUGAACGAAAAAGAACGCUAUGCGGCAGUUGCUGCUUGCAAGUGGGUGGAUGAAAUUGUGCCUGGGGCUCCAUACCAAACCCAGUUGGAGGUGAUGGAUGAAUACAAAUGCGAUUUUUGCGUACAUGGAGAUGAUAUCACCACAAUGGCAGAUGGCUCGGACACAUAUGCAAUAGUAAAGGCUGCCCACCGUUACAAGUAUUGGCGUUUCUUUUCACAAAAGGGAAUGCAAAAGGACCGUCGAAAUCACCAUUUAAACUCAGAUCUUAACUUGUCAAAUGAAGAGUUACUGGAAACCAGGGAAUCUAAGGUGGGGUUUCUUUUCGCUAUCCAUCACAGAUCGUCAGUCCCUACACAAACGCAGGCAUACAGUUUUUCCCCACAAUCGGCCGUUUAUUUGAGUUCUCAACUUUGCGAGCGCCUAAAGUACUAUAUUUGCUUUGAAAUUUUGUAUGUCGAUGAAGUUGUGAUUGGGGCCCCGCACAAAGUUACCGCUGGUCUUCUCGAAAAAGUUCACAAUAUCUCUUUCGUUGUGCAUGGGAAAACGACUCUUAUUCGUGAUAUUGAUGGCUCCGAUCCAUAUGAAGUGCUCGCAUCUUUUUAA